UGGGAGACCCCGGGCGCAAGUGCAGUCUUCCGCCGUCUAGUGCUGUUCUUGCUUGGUAGGCGUGUGCCACCAGAGCCUUCCUGCAUACAACUAGCCAACGGCCACUUUUACUGUUUUCAACUUGCAACGACCAACACCGAACAGGCACUGUGCACUGGUGCCCUUCUCCAAGAAGAAGUGCGCUACUUGUCCAGGCGGACGCUGUACAACUCCACUGUUUGUGGCUCGGCGUCAAUUUCCCAGCGCGCGCCAGAAACUUUGGAAAUGCAUACGUCAAAAGACGUAAGGUACCCGUCAAGAGAUGCCCUUGGACAGCGAUCUGCUUCCGCUCGCCAAGAAGAGUGUAGCUUGGACCUUGAGACAGUUGGCUCAGCUCGGAAGGGAACGGACAGACAAGAGACCUUGCCGUGCACAAACAAGCUCUGGCUGCGAGGCCUCACGAGCGCCGGUCCACGCCUAUCGUCCCGCACCCCUGUCCCAAACAUCGGAGGGAUCCUCACAAAGAUUUGUGGCACAAGUCAACCGUACUCUCAUGGAGUCGCAUUGCCUGGCGCAGCUAGGCCAGGGAACCAUUGAGCAGGAGACCGUUGCAGUGGCCGGUCAUAUCUCCAAGACUGGAUCCUGCGUGCAUUGCCUGGCCUCGCAGCCCUGUCUUUGUCCAACCAGCCGCCGGGGACACUUGCAACUUGCAGGAGUCGUGAAGCCAAAAGUCUCUGCCUUGCUCAACAGCGACGAGAGUUGA